AUGCAAGCCAAAAGGGCCGACGACAUGCAACAAAUAGAAGAAUCCGAUUUUUUUGUAGAAAAGAAGCCAAGCAUGAAUACUCAUGCAAACGAUCCAAGUCCUCCCUCGGCCAUAUGGAUCCUCUUCUACUUUCUGGGAUCUGUGAUAUCGGGGAUAUUGGCAUAUAUGUCCCACUACUCACUAAUUCUACCAAAGCUGGAAGCCAAUGGCAAUAAUCAAUUGUCUGUUGUGAGUGAGAGGCUUCUGAUGUGCUUUCUCAUUGGUGUCAUGGUUUGGUUUGUGCUUGAGCUCACUCUGACAUAUCUCUCAAUUACUUUGAAAAAGGUUGGCGAGAAGCAAGGAUUCCUCCAGAGCACAUUGAUAAAAAACGGGUGGUUUAUAAGCCUUGUUCUUACACUACUAGUUCUUUCCUUUAUUAUGGGAAGCUAUAGCCGCGGAAUAGAGAUAAUGGGUGUAGAGGAGGCCGGAAAUGUCGAAGAAGGAGCCCCGCAGGCAUCAAAUGAAGAUACUCCUGACAGCUCCAAUGACCCAUCGAAGUUGAAACCACCGGGCAAGUCAGAAAUAUUUGUAAUGGACAAGCUGAGCAGGAUUCUUCUUGCAGGUUCUAUACUUCUUGGAAUAAUCUUAACAAAGACGAUUCUUAUGGACAGAGUAAACUACAAAAUGCUUUUCGAGAACUACGAAGACAGAAUCCUUAAAAACUAUGAAGACAUGAAGAUCCUUGAGCAAUUGAAUAGGAUAACAGGGAAAAGAAUGGAUCCAGAGCAAGACAUCGAGAUCUGGGCAAAUUCCGUCUUUAAGUCAAUUUCUCCGGAAAAACAAGCUGUUGACAUACAAACUCUAGAAUACUUUUUUGGAACUGACUAUGCACAGAAGAUAUUUGAACGUUUUGAUAUAUAUGGAGAUGGUAGACUGACAAGAAGCAGCUUUGUUCUUGUCUACCAAGACAUUCUGAAUGAGGAAAAGAGGAUCACAAUGGGGAUGGCACAGAAGAUUACCAUUGUAGAGAAGCUGGACAUCGUACUUUCCUUUAUACUUGUUCCUUUUGGUAUAUCUGCAGCCACACCAAUAGUUGAGGAUGAAAUCAAUCUUGUCAACUUCAUUCCUAUCCAGUUUGGUACGCUCUUCUCUCUUCACGUGAUUUUUGCUCCAAUUCUGGCAGAAAUGUUCAGGUCCCUAGUGUUUAUAUUUCUUGUGAAGCCAUUUGAUGUUGGAGACAAGGUCCUCAUAGAUGGGAUCCUACACAAGGUGUAUGACAUGGGGCUUCUUUAUACUUCGUUUGUGGUGGAGAAGAAGGUUACUGUGAUUCCAAACACCAAGAUCAUGGACAAGACCAUAGUUAACCUCAGAAAAGCAAGGACGUCACAGAAGAGGUUUGAGUUCACAUUCUCCAACACUCCAGAGUUUAAAGAAAAGGCAGGGGAGUUAAGUGCAGCAAUAGAAAAGGAAGUAGGCUCUGAUCCAAAUGUAUACACAGGAAAGUUUAGCGUCUAUGGAUACGACCUUAAGAAGAACUCGGCAAUAGGAAUAAAAAUCGACGUAGUCUUCUGGAUACAAAACCAAGAUGUAAAGACUUUAAGGAUGAGGGAGGAUACGUUUGUAAUGGUCUUACACCGAAUCUUCAAGGAUCUUGGGUUGGUCCUGGAAUAG